AUGGCAAAACCAAAUGGAAAACUUCAAUUUAAAACAUUACAGGGACACGGGGCAUUUUCAGACCCAGAUUUUCCCAAAAGAACAUGGAAGCUUUUAAAGACAGCUAUGAGACAAAUCCAUCAAAAGAAUGCAAGUAAUCUAUCAUUCGAAGAGCUUUACAGAAAUGGGUAUAACAUGGUUCUCCAGAAACAUGGUGAAAUUCUUUACAACAAUUUAAAAAAGAUGGUCGAUAAACAUUUGAAGGGGGUCGCUAAGACUAUAUCAGAUUCAAUGGAUGACAAGUUUUUACAAGAGUUAAAUGGUAGUUGGAUUAAUCACAAGACAGCAAUGCUCAUGAUUAGAGACAUUCUCAUGUAUAUGGAUAGAAAUUAUGUAAAACAAAAUAACUUGUUAAGUGUUUUCGAUCUUGGUCUUUGUUUAUUUAGAGAUAAUGUUGCACACUGCCCAUCAAUUAAAGACAGAUUGUUAAAUACUUUAUUAUCAAUGGUACAAAAAGAAAGAGAAGGUGAAAUAAUUGAUAGAAUUUUAAUUAAAAAUAUAGUUGAAAUGUUAAUAGAUUUAGGUGUAAAUUCUAAAGGCGUAUAUAUUGAAGAUUUUGAAAAACCAUUGUUAUUAAAAACUUCAUCACAUUAUCAAGCUCAGUCACAAUCACUUAUAACCACUUGUAGUUGCCCAGAUUAUAUGAAAAAGGUCGAAAUUUGUUUAAAGGAAGAAUUAGAAAGAGUUUCACAUUAUUUAGAUAGCAGUUCCGAACCAAAAUUAAAAGAAGUUUGUGAAAAACAAUUAAUUUCAAAUCAUAUGAGAACAUUAAUUGAUAUGGAAAACUCUGGUUUAAUUUCCAUGUUAAAAGAUGAUAAGAUUGACGAUUUAAAGAGAAUGUAUAGUUUAUUUAGCAGAGUUGCAGAUGGUUUAAAUUUAAUGAAAGAUGUUAUCAGUGGUUAUGUAAAGGAAAUUGGUAAAUCAAUUGUCAUGGAUGAAGAAAAAGUAAAAUUAUUAUUAAUUAUAUAUAUGAAUACAAAAGAACAAGGUACAUAUUUCCAAAGUUUAUUAGACCUCAAAGAUAAAUAUGACAAUCUUUUAUCAAAUGCCUUAUUCAACGACAAGCAAUUUAUACAUUCAAUCCAACAAGCAUUUGAAUAUUUUAUAAAUUUAAAUCCAAGAUCACCAGAAUAUAUUUCAUUAUUCAUCGAUGAAAAGUUAAAGAAAGGUUUAAAGGGUGUUAGUGAAGAGGAUGUUGAUAUUAUUCUUGACAAGAUUUUAAUGUUAUUUAGAUUGAUUCAAGAGAAAGAUGUAUUCGAAAAAUAUUAUAAACAACAUUUAGCUAAGCGUUUAUUAUUAGGAAGAAGUGUUUCAGAUGAUGCAGAAAGAAAUAUGAUUGCUAAAUUAAAGACUGAGUGUGGUUAUCAAUUCACAAGCAAACUCGAAGGUAUGUUUACAGAUAUGCGUUUAAGUCAAGAUACAAUGGCUGGUUUCAAGAAUUUUAUUCAGGGUUUCGAUAAGCCACUCCCAAUUGAUCUUAAUGUCCAUGUUUUAACUACUGGUUUUUGGCCAACUCAAAAUACAUCCAACUGUAAUUUGCCACGUGAAAUUCUUCAUUGCUGUGAAACAUUUAAAAAAUUUUAUCUUGGUAAUCACAAUGGUCGUCUUUUAUUAUGGCAAACUAAUAUGGGUACUGCCGAACUUAAGGCCAAUUUCCCAAGCAAAACUCAUGAACUCCAAGUAUCAUCUUAUCAAAUGGUUAUUCUUUUACAUUUCAAUGAUUCACCAAGAUUAUCAUUCAAAGAAAUUUCUGACCUUACAGCCAUCCCAGUUUUAGAUUUAAAGAGAAAUUUAUUAGCACUUACCAACCCAAAGAAUAAGAUUUUGGAAAAAGAAUCUACUGCAACUACCAAAGGUAUCGAUGAAUCAGAUAUUUUCAUUUAUAACUCUAAAUUCAAGAGCAAAUUAUUCCGUGUUAAAAUUAUGGCUGUAGCUCAAAAAGAAACACCAGUCGAAGAAAAAGAAACAAGAGAAAAGGUUGAUGAAGAUAGAAAACAUCAAAUUGAAGCUUCAAUUGUUCGUAUUAUGAAAGCUCGUAGAACUUUAGAACACUCAAAUUUAGUUUCAGAAGUUAUAAAACAACUCCAAACACGUUUCGUCCCAAAUCCAGUUGUAGUUAAAAAGAGAAUCGAAUCAUUAAUCGAAAGAGAAUAUCUUGAAAGAUCAAAACAAGAUAGAAAAAUUUAUAAUUAUAUGGCUUAA